AUGCGAGUGAAGGCGCAAGCGAAGCUCGUGUCCGAUGGCUACGAGGCCUGCAAGGACAUGACAAGCGAGUACGCCAAGACUUUCUACCUCGCCACUCAGACUAUGCCCGACGAGCAGGCCAUGGCCACGUGGGCGAUCUAUGCCUGGUGCCGGCGAGUCGAUGAGAUCGUUGAUGGCCCCAAUGCGCUGGCGGAGGCGUCCAUGCAGGAGGAGAGCCUGCGGGAGUGGAUGGAUCGGCUGGAGAGGAUGUGGGAGGGGAAGAACUUCAACGGGCUGAACCAGUAUGACGUGGCGUUCGCGGACAUGAUCCGAAGGUUCCCGGGCAGCGACAUCGAGCCGUACAAGGACAUGGUGAGAGGGAUGAUGAUGGAUGUGUCCGACGAGGUCAAGUACGAUAGCUGGGAGCAGCUCUACCUCUACUGCUACAGAGUCGCGUCGACCGUUGGGCUGAUGACGCUGCCCGUCAUGGGGACUGCGGAGGGAGUGACACAGGAGGAUGCACGGGAGUCCGCGAUUGCGCUAGGGAUCGCGCUUCAGCUGACCAACAUCCUUCGGGACGUGGGGGAGGACGCGAGGGACAGGGGAAGGAUCUACCUGCCCGAGGAGGACAUGAAGAGGUUCGGGGUGGACCCACAGACUGUGCUGGACAGGAGCUUGAAGGGAGGGGAGGUAGACGACGCCUACCGCAACCUGAUGAAGUUCGAGAUCGAGAGAGCUCGGGAGUACUACAGGCAGGCCGAGAAAGGGAUCCCGAUGCUCGCCAAGUCUGCCCAGCUCCCAGUGGCAGUGGCCAUGGAGCUCUACCGAGAGAUUUUGGACAAGAUUGAGCUCAACGACUAUGACAACUUCAGCCGCCGAGCUUACCUGACAGGGUUCGAGAAGCUCUGCAAGCUGCCUGGCGUCUGGCUGCGAGUGAUCACAGGGAGCUGGAAUGUGGCGUGAGAGGAGGAGAACAUGAGCUUUUAGAUGCUCUGUACAAGUACGACAGAAGCGAGCAGGAUGGAG